AUGGAUAAUCGUAUUAUUGUUACAGAAAGAGGUUAGGAAAUUUAAAAAAGCAUAGAAGAAGAUGUUAAGCUUGAAUAAUAGAUAGCUUUGAAUAAAAAGUAAGAGUUGUAGUAAAAAGAAAAAAAUAUAAAUGAUGAAUCUUAAUCAUUCAUAUAAUAAAUGUUCCAAGCAAAUAGUUAACUAAAAAUGAUGGAAAGUGUUAGCAAAAAGUUUUAAGUAGUGAGUACUGCCAAGGGUAAAAAUGCCUAGUAAAAAAUUGUAGAUAUGUUUGUAGAAGAAAACAAUUUCAAUAAGAAAGAUAUGAGUCCAUACGUCUUACAUCAAAUAAGUAAAAUGACAGAAGAAGUAAUAAAAGGAAACUCAAAAAAAACCAGCAAUUCAAGUUCAACUUAAAACUUGUCAAUGAUGAAUAAUAGCAUAAACAAUUAAAGUUAAUAUAUAAACCCAAAUGACCUAAGCCAUACUCAUAAAAUGAUGCAAAGAGGAUCUAUAAGUACAAAAAGUAUGCACACUAAUAAAUAUGCUUCUGCUUAAAAUCUAGCCACAAAUAAUAAUUAAAACUAGAACUAAAAUGUAUCGAAUAUGAACGUUUCUACUAUAAACUAGUCUAUUUACGAUGAUUCUUAUCUGAUUGAUAAGUGCAAUGCUAUUUUACAUUGUGAAGCUAGAGUUGAUAGAAUUAUGAAAAGAUAUAAAAAAUAUUAAAAAGUUACACAAGAAAUAGAUACAAGAGUAAGAAGAGCCUGUGAUAGAAGAAGAGAGUUUUUACAAGAAGAAAAUUUAAAACCUCCUAAACGUCUUGAUGAACUCCGUAAAGAGAAUGAAGAAAUAGCCGAUAUACUUGAUAGAUCAGAUAAAUAUGAAUAAAACAGAAGAUAAAGAGUGCUAGAUACUAUGAAAAAGAAGUAUUAAAAAGUGUGGAGCACCGUGCAUGUACCAGAGCUUACAGAAAAGUUUAAAUAACUUCAUCGUAUGCACUUCAAAUAAAUAGAUGAAGAAGAAGAAAAUGAAACUUCAUAGUUAUCAAUGACUUAAUCAAAAAAUUAAACAAAAUACAGUGGAAUAUGA